UGGCAGCGUACCUAACUUGUUUAAGUUAGUUAAUCGGCAGCGUUCACGAGCUGAUCUCCUCAAUCCUCUUUUUUCUGAAUCGAGUCACAGCUGUUUCAUUUUAAAGAGGGAUUGGCUCGUGCGUGUUCGAUCAAUGUGUAAUGAUCAGUACAGUGAACUCGAGUGAACGUCUACAAUUCGGGGCACCUGUGGCUGUGCCAGCCGCUUGUAAACAUUGAAAUAUCGCUACGACUCGACGUAACAAUGGAAGGAGGCAUAUUAGAAAGUCCAGACACCACUCUGGACGGAUCCGACGAUGAAAUCGCCUUGCAAGGAUUCUGUAGUCCUAAAAAGCUACCGCAUAGGUGUCUCGGACUAGCAUUGAUGUGCUUAUUAGGCAUUGGUUCGUUUUUCUGUUUCGACAGUCCUGGCGCCCUUCAAGAUAAUUUUAAAGUUGACCUGCACAUGUCUACUAGCCAAUUCGUUUUACUUUAUUCCAUUUACUCAUGGCCAAAUGUGAUUUUGUGUUUUGUUGGUGGAUUUUUGCUGGACAGUGUGUUUGGUAUACGUUUAGGAACAGUUGUAUACAUGGCACUCACUUUGGUUGGUCAAAUCAUAUUUGCAACUGGAGCUAUGGUGAAUACUUUUUGGGUAAUGAUGCUUGGCCGCUUUAUUUUUGGUAUUGGUUCAGAAUCCUUAGCUGUUGCUCAGAACAAUUAUGCUGUUCUGUGGUUCAAGGGAAAGGAGGUCAACAUGGUGUUUGGUUUGCAAUUGAGUUUUGCUCGAGUUGGAUCAACUGUUAACUUUUUAGUAAUGGAACCACUUUAUAAUUACGUAUCUCAGUAUUACAAAGGACCUAAAUGUAUUGGCAUAGUUCUUUUUAUUGCUACUCUAACUUGUGUGGGUUCUAUGAUCUGUGCAUGUAUACUGGGUAUUAUGGAUAAGCGUGCUGAGAGAUUAUUAAGGAGGGGGGAGGGACAAGAACCCAAGGUUGUUAACUUAACAGAUGUUAAGUACUUUAAGCCAAUAUUUUGGUUAAUUACUAUUAUUGCCGUAGCUUAUUACAUUGCGAUAUACCCGUUCAUCGCCUUAGGAAAAGUAUUUUUUGAACGGAAAUACGCGAUGGACCCAUCAAGUGCAAAUACAGUUAAUUCUCUGCUAUAUUUCAUAUCAACUGUUGCAUGUCCCAUUUUGGGCUGUAUUGUUGAUAGAAGUGGAAAACACGUUUUUUGGGUAUUUAUUAGUAUUGUUGCAACUACAGUGGCUCAUGGACUAUUUGCAUUCACAUAUGUAAAUCCUUAUGUAUGCAUGAUUCUUAUGGGAUUGUCAUACUCUAUGCUAGCUAGUAGUUUAUGGCCAUUGAUUUCUCUUGUUAUCCCAGAAUACCAGCUUGGCACUGCUUUUGGAAUUGCACAGGCUGUACAAAAUCUGGGUUUGGCCAUAGUUUCAAUUUUAGCUGGUAUAAUUGUUGACCGGGGUGGAUACUUCAUGCUUGAGAUAUUUUUUUUGGGUUGGCUGUGGAUUGCGUUGAUAACCGCCAUUGCAAUGUGGGUGUUGGAUGUAGCAACCAACGGUGGUUAUCUCAAUAUGACGCCAGGUCAAAAAGAACAAUACGAGAAAAGUGAGAGUCUCGAAAGAGAGAGAUUAUUAGGUCCAGAAUCGACUUCAGAUUUAUCGACUGACGAUCUUUUGCCAUCACCAUCUGACAUUUGCAUUAGAAAUCGUAUUGGGGACAUGAUACCACCCAACAUGAAGGUACCGAUUCAUCGACCACUACGAUGAUGCAUUUUAUUUAGAG